GUUCAGCGGUGAUCGCGACGUGAAAAGCAAGAAGACCCGAUGAUGGAGCUCUGGAGACUGGCCUCAUCAUAAUUUUCUCGGGCCACAUACUCUAUCGAGGCUGCUUUGUAAUUGCUGUAGCAUUUUUUAUCUGUGGUUGUGCUGUCACGACAGUGCUUUCAGCUAUGGAUUGAUGGUUUCUGGCUAUUCCGCGAUCCCGGUUGGAUCCCGGUCAACAACCACGCCCGAACUACCUGAGUUGCCUUAUCGGGCGGACUGGCAGCGCGGCAGCGCGUUCCUCUGACCGAGACUCAGCUUCACCCUACCCUACCUCGGACUGCUUCUAGCACAUACCACUUGUUGCACCUCUCUUUGUCUUCUCUUUCACUUGCAUCGAACAAUAUGAUGGCUGGGAUCAUGGGCUACUUCGGUGGGCGUCGGGAUGCCAAACAAUCCUCCCGGGAUGCCAUUGUCACGCUGCGGCAGCAGCUGCAGCUGAUAGACAAGAAGGAGGAGUACCUGCAGAAGAAGAUUGACGAGGAGAUGAAGAAGGCGCGGGCGAACGCGGUUACGAACAAACAAGCGGCGACGGCUGCGCUCAGACGGAAGAAGGCGACGGAGCAAGAGCUAGAGAGAUUGCAGGGCACGCGGUUCCAGCUGGAGAUGCAGGUCAACACACUGGAGUCGGCGAGCUUCAAUGCGGAGACCAUGUCUGCGAUGAAGAAGGCUAGCAGCGCACUCAAGGAUAUCCAUGGCAAGUUGACUAUUGACAGGGUCGAUACGACAAUGGCGGAGAUUCAGGAGCAGACGCAACUGGCGAACGAAGUAUCUGAAGCGAUCUCCGCGAACACAUACAAUGGUGUCGAGAUUGAUGAGGAUGAGCUCAAGGCAGAGCUCGCUGGUCUCGAGGACGAGGAGCUGGACAAACGCCUCAUGGGUGCAGAUCACGUUCCAGUACAUCAGCCAGGAGGACCGAGCACAGUGGAAGAGCAUACGGGAGUCAUGGAGGAUGACGAAGAGGCUCAACUCAGAGAACUGCAAGCCGCUCUGGCGAUGUAACGGACGCCGCCACUCGUUGCCAUCCUCUCGUUCUCUUCAUUCUCUCGCGCAUUUCUGUCGACUGAUCAUCUGCUAUUACAUUACGACUAGGGUACCCAUCUUUUUAUCGUGUCUUACUAGUGCUAUCACCACGAGUCGUGACGCUGUACAAUUCUCCCACUUUCAUGUGCCUUCGAGGCGGAUUCCAUUGGCCGCGGAUAGAAUGACUCGGACGUGCGCAGCUCAGAGCAAGACGACUAUGUACGUAUACAUACAUGUACACCAACACGGAGCCAUUAAGCACUAUCGAGUGAGC